AUGGCAGUCGCAGGUUGCAACAAGGACAGUGUUAGAGCAGGCUGUAAAAAAUGUGGUUACCCUGGUCACCUGACUUUUGAAUGCCGUAAUUUUCUCCGAGUAGAUCCCAAAAGGGACAUAGUUUUGGAUGUCAGCAGUACAAGUAGUGAAGAUACUGAUGAAGAGAAUGAAGAACUGAAUAAAUUGCAAGCAUUACAGGAAAAAAGAGUAAAUGAAGAAGAGGAGAAGAAAAAAGAAAAAACCAAAGAGAAAAUCAAAUUGAAAAAAAAAAGGAAAAGGUCUUAUUCAUCCAGUUCCACUGAACAAGACACUUCAAAACAGAAGAAACAAAAAUAUCAGAAGAAAGAAAAGAAAAAAGAAAAAAAGAAUAAAUCAAAAAAAGGGAAACAUCACAAAAAGGAGAAAAAGAAGAGGAAAAAGGAAAAGCAUUCUUCAAAUAGUUCUGAAUUCUCCAAAAAGUAACUAAGACUUUGGCCUGUUCCAUUAAAUUCAAAAAUUUAUUUUUAAAAAUUAUUUGUCCUUCCUUGGAAUUUGCUAUAUAAUUAUGCUUUGCAAUGAAUCACAGCCAUUUUCAUAUAGACAUUUUUCAUAUGUGGGACCAUUAUCCCUCUGGCAAUGUAUUUUUAAUGUGCUAUGACUAUAAAGUAUUAAAUCAGUCUUGUUACUUGAUAGUCAUGCCCCAAGUAGAGCUAUUUAUACAUACAAAGCACCCUGUGUGUUUGGCUAGUGUUAUUACUUCAUAAGUUGAUGGUAAAAUGGCUUUACUGCAGUUGACACAGGUAAUCUACCUACCAGUUAAUGAGUAUUGCUGACCAGUGAUGAAGCUAUGUAGAGGUAAUGCUUUACUCUUGACACUGAAAAAUUUAAUAGCUUUAUAUACUAUGAUGUAAUAUAGAAAGAGUGAAAAUCUUCACUGUUUUUAAAUCUCUGGGCAUUUUUUAAUAUCAUAGGAGAUGUAGGUGCUUUAUUGGUCUUGACUAGGACUUUUUAAAUGAACCGUUAUCUGCAAGAAGAUAAUCAUGAAAAUAUUUAUUAAAAAGUUUCACUGUUUAAUGAAAUACAGAGUUUCUAGUACCUGCCUCCUUUGUUUUUGUAACAAUUAAAGUAUUCCUUCCUUGUUUAAAGAGACUAGUCUAGCUCAGCCUGUUAGUAAGUCUUAAAGAGAUGAUACUAUGUUAGUCAGGAUUUUUAGGAUAGAUUCCUGGGAUUUACAGAUGUGCCAUAUUGGCAUGUCUUAAAGUGAUACCUCAAACACAGAAAUUUUUAUUUAAGAAGACAGUUAAAUCUUCAUUAGAACUGAUUUUUAUUGUAUUCAGUAUGUAAAUUUUAUAAAGCUUGUUUCUACGAAUAAUGUGGAAAAUUUUUAUAAAUGUAAGCAUAUAUGUUUAUUUUAUCUGAAAUGAUUUGUAGUUUUGAAGCAAGUUUCACACUGAACUUAUGGUUUCAUAAAUAACCACUUUGAGUGUUUCUCUCUUUUACUUCAGUCACAAACCUCAGGAGCAGUUACAAAAAUUUAGAAUUAAGAAUUUUAUUCUGUACUUUAAAAAAUUUAAGAGUCAGGGAAUUGUAUCAUGAAAGCCUUUAUAUAACAAUGGAAAUUUUAUAUGGGUGAACAUUUUCAAACAUAUAUCAGUGGAUAUAAAUGUUUCUUGCAUUUUAAAUUUCACAAUGAUCAGUGUUACUUUGUUAAAUACUUAUGUAUCCCUUAUGCCUAAUAAAUUAAAUAUUUAUGUUGUAGCAGCAUCUAAAGUCAACUGACUAUCAAGGCACAGUACCAAAGAUUGCAAAUACCUCACUGUGGUGCACUUAUAAAUUUUCAAAUUGGUAACCUACAGACAUGGCUGCAGUGAAUUCAUAGUGGUGAAAUUUUUACUGAUUCUUCCUCUCCCGGCAUGCUUCAGUAAGAGUUGGGGAGCCUCAUCACUCCUCCUAACAUACAUGUACUCAUGUUCAAAUUCUAGGGAAGCUGCACCCACAUCCUUAUUCUAAGCAUUACAGCCAUGCAAGCUCUCACACUUCCAGCUUUUUCAUGACCUAAUGUAGUUGUUUGGGCCCGUCAAAUGAAAUUAUUUUGUUUAAAUAUUUCAGUUAAUUGGGAGAGAAACAGACAGAAUUAUUAAGUUUUUAAGGAUUUGUUCUGCCUUUGCUGUAUUUUCAUAAUUUUAUGAAAAUACAGUUCUUUGGUCAUCGGAUUAAAAAAAAUAAGUAAAAAAAAAAAGCAUUUUGAAAAAUGAUUGGAAAAUGCUAUAUACAAAAGGAUGGCCUCACCCCAUUGAGUGUGUAACAUGGUUAAAAAAGCAAAUAAUUGUAGUGAAACAGUUAAUUGAGUUAUUUGUAAGUUUUAUUUCUGUUAAUUGUACAGAUUAUAAGUUGGCUCAUUAGGUUUGUUUUCUGAAUGGUAACAAUAAUGAUUCAGAAGAGUUACAUAAAAACUCAGCCCCCAUUAACUAAUAUAGUAUGCAGAUUAAAAGAUUUUAAUGCUCAGUAAUUCUUUCCACCCGUAAUAAUCUUGGAAUUAUUCUUAAGUACAUUUCCUGUAAUAUUAAGAUAGUUUAUGAAAUAUCUGAAUGAAAAUAAUUUAUCUUUACUAAUGUAAUUUUCUUCCAAAAUAGCAUUGAGAUUGGAUGUAAAUCUCACUAAUACUUUUCAGGAGAAAAUUAAUGAAAUUUCCUCCAAGGCAGGUAUGUAACAAAAGCAAAACUGAAUUAGUAAAAAUCUAAAAGUCCUGGCCAUUCUAUCUACCUGUAUGACCUUCAACAAAGUCAUUUAGCUUCUCUGGGCCUUGGUGUCUUUCUUCUAUAAAAUAUUGUACCAUAUUAUCUCUGAGAUAACUUCUGGUCUUUAAUGUGUGUGAUUAUCAACAUUUUAGUAAAAUUCAAGUAAUAUUCAUUUUAGAAAUUAGUAUAGAUAAGCAGCUAGCAGUCUAUAAUACUAAAGGUUGGUUGAAUGUAUUAAUAUAACUAUUAAACACAUUCAACUUCUUUAAGCAGAUAAUUGAUAUUUGGUUCAUAUUCUUUACACCCAAUGUACAUCAUUUCUGCAGAUGCAGAUAGAAUUUAUAUUUAGAUUUGCAUCUGUAACCAAAUUAUCUAAACACUUUGACACUAUUGUUUUUGUGCUAAUGGACCUACUCCCCACAAAGAUUCCCCAUUUCUAUUCUUUCUUUUGGCUAAAAUCUCUCAGAGGUACUCCUAGUUCUUUACAUUUCAUACAUCUUCCUUUACAUCUUUGGUUCUAUGAGACCAAAACAUCAAUAAAUAAGAAGUAAAACAA